AUGAUUAAUAAUACAAUCAAAUCCCUAUUUCAUUCUUCUAAGACAGCACAAUCCUCAAAUCAGUUUCACAAUAGAUGUGUAUGUGAAAUAUGUAAAUGUGGAAAACAUCAUUGUCCAAUUCACACUGAUAAUAUGCAUGGUGAUUUUUAAUCAACAUUCUAGUAAAAUAUAAUAAAUUAAUUAUAGACAUGACUAUUAACCUUGGAAAUCAAACAAAUAAAAGCCAUUCAAUUAUGAUAGAUAACCAUAAUAACAUUCAUAUGAUCCAUCUACUUUAAUGAGUUAAUAUUAAAGUGAAUACAUAUAGAGACCUUUACCUGAAAGAGAAGCAAGGUAAUUACCUGAAUUACAACCUUCUUAACCUUUUAAUAGUUUAUCAGACUACUAAACUAAUUAUUAGAAGUAUAUCAGUUACUAAAUAGAUUUCCAUUACCAAUGAAACGUUCUAUAAUAAAACAACCAUAUAAGUCAGCUCCUAGACAAGUACCAUGGAAUACAACAUAUGGUGUAGAUUUUAUCUAAAAACCUGUCGGUGGAUCUGAAUAAUUCAAACCAUAAGUAAAAGAUGGUCCAAAUGUCAAUGUUGAUUUUGGAUCUACAACUUAUAAGACAUCAUAUGUUCCAAAACCAAUAAGCAAAUAAGAAAGAUGUAGAGAUCCAAUUUAACGUAAUAUUAAUGGAGACCCAGGACAAAUUGGAAAUUCAACUUAUUAAAUGGAUUAUACAGAAAAAUAAAGAGAUGAAAAUUACUGUCCUAUCCUUGCAUUACCUAGAAGACCCAAUUAAUUAAAAGGAGGAAAAUCACAUUUAAAUUAUGAUGCUGUUAGAAAUAGAUGGGUUUGA